AUGCACAACAGGAUUUGGGAGGAGCAUGAUGGGAUGUUGAUCCAGGAGCAGGUCCUGCUGGGCAAAAUCACCUCGUGUAUCGACGGUCGUGUCGGUGUGUCAGGGACCUUUAACGUGGUGAAGCUGCUGUGUGAAACCUGCAGGUUGGACCUGUGGAGACUCAUCAGACACAGGUCUGGAGUUCAUCGAGAUAAACCUGUUGCUGUUAGAGGACGCUCAUGGCGCUCAGCUGCAGCACAGCCACCACUGAACAGGACAGACGCCACUUUGGCCUCCAGCUCAGCUUCAGCAGUCGUAGUUUUCUGUCACGCCGUCGUCCUGCUGCUGCUGCUGCUGCUGCUGCUGCUGCCAUGCUGCUCUGAAGGUCAGCCUCUCCUGAUUGGUCCAUCUAAGCCUGUAGUUGCAGUAACUGGUGAUGACGUCAUCUUGCCGUGUCACCUGGAGCCAGCUGCGGAUGCUGUUUCGAUGUCCAUGGAGUGGACACGACCUGACCUGAAACCCAGGUUUGUCCAUGUGAGACAUGGAGGUCAGGACCUGCUGGAGAACCAAAACCCGGCGUACGAGGGAAGAACGUCAGCGUCCAUCGACCGGCUGAAGGACGGAAACGUUUCACUGAAACUCUCUGACGCAGGAACAUACAGAUGUUUCUUCCCGUUGUUACAUGGAGACACUUUUGUUCAGCUCAUUGUUGGUGCCGUCUCCUCACCUGUCAUAGUGAGUGUCAACAGAGUCAGUGACAAAGUGGAUCUGCAGUGUGAGUCUGCAGGCUGGUAUCCAGAGCCUGAGGUGUUGUGGCUGGACGGUGAGGGAAACCUAAUCUCUGCUGGACCUCCAGAGACAGUCAGAGGUCCUGAUGACCUCUAUACUGUCAGCAGCAGAGUGACUGUGGAGAAGAGACACGGCAACAGCUUCACCUGUAGAGUCCAGCAGAGGAACAUCAACCACACCACAGAGACACACAUCACAGUUUCAGAGGACGUCUUCGCAGCCCCGUCUUCUGCUGCUGUGCGUGUCAUCAUCAUCUUGUCUGUUUGCGUCCCGCUCUCCUGCAUCUGUGCAGCUCUCCUUGUUUUGGGGAAACGGAGACAAAACAAAGGUCGUAAGAGUCACGUUACCUGA